GUGAUUUCGGAAGCGGGAUCUGGCAACCCGUCGAGAAGCGUUUAAGCGUUCUAGUUCCUGGUCGCCUUUAAACAACAUGGCGGUUGAACCUUGGAAUAAAAUAAACAUUCCUUGUCCAGGAGCUGCUGCUGUUUGUCGAAUUAUUUUUAACACAAGAACAGCCGCUGUAACAGAAGCUGUGGUGAACCGGUGUGAAAACGUGCUGAUGCUGCUGGACAGCCACGUGCUGCUCACAGAGACCCACGUGCUCCAUGAGCUACUGUAUGUGCUGCAUAACAGCUUCAGACAACACAAACCUUUCAGGACAAUCAAACAGGUUCAGCAAUGCAUUAACCGACUAAAGGAAAUUAAAUUAAAGGGAGCCUUGCAAGAGCUGCAGGAGCUCUGCCCAAAUCAAAUCCAGAGGAAUGUUGGAGUUGAUGCAGGAUAUUGUGACGUCCCUAGUCAGCCCAAGCUGGAAUGGUUUUGUCUCAAACUAUUGGGAGCUUCUAACCUUAUGUGCAGAACUUUGGACCAGUGCACCAAAGCCUUCUCAUUGGUACGGCAGCAUAUUUAUUUGACUGAGUUCAUCGUGCUGAACCUGGUGCUGGCGAGCAUGCUUAGUCGAUUAUGGGUAUUUUUCAGAGGCGUAUUGAGAACUCUGGUGCCCAUGUAUCAAUGCAUCAUGGAUCUGCUCCACGUGGUAGAGCAGUGUCGACCCAUGGCCUUCCUCACAGACUUCACCCUGCCUGGUGACCUGGCAGCAUUUCUGGGUCCUUCUUACACUGACCUGCUGAAGGACAGUAGUGCAGUUGAGCCCUUUGGGAUGAAGAAAACCCCCAAACCUUCUCUUCUUGACAGACUUUUUGAGGAGGGAAGUGACAAACAGGUGGAAAAGGGGGAUGAAGAAGAGAGGCAGAUGAUGCAGCUGGUAGCCAGUGAGGAAAUGACAUCUAAUAUGGAUCUGGGGAGGUCUAUAUUACGUCACGGUCCUCCUUGCUUUCGAUCUACCUCAAAUUUGGACAUUAAGACAAUGCUGCAGCAAACCUCCAAACAGUGUACAGCUGAAGUGUUCAUUAAGAAGGCAUCUCCAGGACAACCAAGUACUUCCAGCUUAGCUGUACUCGAACAGAAGAGGAUGUUCUUGAAAAAGCUGAAGACAGCAUCCUCCAUUACAGACAUGGCUGCGCAUCUUAAAGAGAUGAUAGGCUGGUGUAGGAGGAGCAAGCUGUAUCAUGAACGCUGCUAUCUUGCCUUCACACUCAUCAGGUGCCAAAGAAUAAAGGCUUUGGAGAGUGAGGGAAUCAGUGUGCAGAAGAAACUCAGGAGGCUUAAGGUUAAGGUUUCCCAUGUCAUGCUUAAAGGAACUUCCUUGGCAAGACAUUCGCUUUUUCUUCAGCGGAGGACAAAAUGCUACUUCAGGACACGUUUUACUACACUUUUUGGACUUUAUGGAAGUGUGAGAAACCGAAUUAGUAAAGUCACAAAGCGCUCUCAAAUAGCCAAAGACCUUUUUAAUGUGAAAUCAUCACAUAACAAGAACCAAAAAGUUCCACCUUUACACAAAGAUAUGAUGUCACGACGCGAUGUUGUAUUCAAUCAAAAAGAGAUCCAAAUGGAGCCCGAGACCAGUUCACUGAAAUCUAGCAGCAGGCAUAAUAAUGAGAUUGAUGACAUUUUUGCAUCCUUUGGCUUAUAGUGUUUUUGAUAUGAUGUACAAUUAAACCAAUAGUAUUGAAA